GAAUCAAACUAGGGAUUUCUGGUUGCCUUCUCCACUCAAUUCGCCCCAUUUCUCAUCUCUACUGCCAACACUCGCAUCGCUUCUUGCAGCCAAUACCACCGCUUCCCUCCUCUUCCAAGGUUUCGCUUCUAGGUACUUCUGGCAACACUCUCAUAGCUUCUUGCGGAACCACCACUUCCCUCCUCUUCCAAGGCUUCGCUUCAAAGUACUUCUGCCAACACUCUCAUGUUAUAUGUGAUGCAGGCCUUAGCAGAGGGAGGCUGUAUGAUCUUUUGACAACUUUGCCCAAUCCUGUUAUGAACGAUGAUUCGAACAUAUCCUGAGGGAACUCUUGUCUCCACAUUCUAGAUUGGAGUUUUUGCAUAGAACACCUAAAUUUCAGGAAAGUGAAACUCUAAUGGCGCCCAAGUCAUCUUUAAUGAUGCCAUUUAUGUUAAUUGGUCUCAUCGGUGUUGUAUGUGCUUUUGUAUAUGAUAUUCAGUUUCCAGGCCAUGCUACUCUCUCUGAUGCCUCUUUUCCAGGAGGGGCAAAUGGUAAUGGGAAUUACGGAACUGACACUGCAUUACUAGACGAAAUUUCCUAUAAAAAUGGUUUGAUGCAUAAUGCGUGCUUUAGAAUAGAGUGCGUGGAUAAGCCUUGGUGUAAAUCAGUGCCCACUGAUGUUACUAUUGCUGGCCCUUUUCGUCCAAAUUCUAUUUUGUCCUGCAAUUCUCAGUCGUGCAACCCUUUGCUACAAUUGUUACUGCGAAAAGGAACGUUGCUGAGAAUCGCUAAUGACAAAGUUACAGAUACUCCAGUGAUGGCUAGCAGAGUGUUCUGUGCAAAAGUAGGCGGCAUAAAGUUUACAAUCACAGGCCACGAUAACCUCACUCGGGUUUUGCCAGAAAAUAUGGCAGGUGCAGGGAAUAUAAAAAAAUUGUUUAUCAAAGGGUCAGGAGGACAGCAGUGGCAACGCAUGCAAUGGGAUGGGGACGGAUACUGGCGGAUCAACUGCUCCUUCGUUGGACAAAGUCUCUCUUUUCUGAUCAUUGCCGGUGAUGAUGCAAGAUUGUCAUGCAACACUGUAUUCGACGCCCAGUGGACCACGGGCCAAACUAUUGACUCUACUGGGUGUCAGUUUAAACCGAGUGAGACACACAACUAAAGUUGGCAGGCAGUCUUUUUCCUUAUAUAUACAGAAGCUCUAUGCUUCAAUUUUCUCCAACUUAGUGUAAUUUUGUAAUAGUAUUUAAUUAUUAAUGUAAUUGUGGAAUUCUCAUUAAAUGUGCAUUUAAAGUAUUUAAUGAUGUCAACAUAUAUGUAUAUGUGUGAUUACGG